AUGGCGAAUUCUAUGAUUUCACAAAACUCGAUUGCUUUGGUGGAACUAAUUUCACGAGAUGGAAACUACAUGGUUGUGAUGCUUGGUGAUAUUCUUGACAGAGGCGGAGAAGAGCUCAAACUCCUUUAUUUUUUAGAAAAACUCAAGCAAGACCGAGAGAAAUCAAAUGUGAAGCUGUUAAUUUUACAAGGAAACCAUGAAAGACUGAAUAUACAAGGAGAUUUCAGGGCUAGAGUAACUGCUUUGAGUCCUGGAAGUCCAAUUUCUACACGUUCUUUAGCUGAUAACCCUACUGUUUUAAUGGUGGGGGGCUCUGUUUUUGUUCAUGGUAGGAUCCUCCCUAAGGAUGGAAUUCCGGGAACGUAG